GCGUGGUGAAAAGGUAACAAGGUGAAGAGGACUGCUGGUUAUAAUGGACACAGACGGACAACAAGGUAUACCAAGUAUGGAAAGGUCAGAGGUUGGUGGAGCAGUGGUAGGCAGUCAAUCAAGGAAUACUGCAACAGAGUCGUUGCGAAUGCAAAGAUUGCACAAAAUGUUAGAUCUGACGCGAUUUGUGCAUCAGCUUGAAGAAUUAUUAACUCAGCCAAUAAAAGUUCCAGGUACAUCAAUUUUACCUUACCCUGGUUCGCCUGUCAAAGUACGCCACAACAUCGCUAGUAUGUUCUCAGUACGCUCUUUGUGGGCAACAGAAGAAGAACGAAAAGCUGCUGUUAGUCAGCUUUACAAUUUUAAGAGUUUGAGGAAACGAAAAUGGAUCCAAAAAAUUUUGCUCGAGGAAUCCGAUUCAGAUUCUGAUGGUGAAUUCCCAUUCACUCUCAACGAUUUGCAUACUAUUUUAAAGUUACAUCGUCGACGGCGAAAACUGCAGAAAACUUAUCACAUCAAUGUUCUCAAUUCUCAGUAUACUUAUUAUGGUGCUGGCUUACUAAGCAGUUACGAUCCAUUUCCAGAGCAUCAAGAUAAAGUAAAGGAAAAGCAUGGUGUUAAACCUAAGCAGAGCUGAUAUAUUCUUAUAAGGAUCUCAUGUUUGUUCGCUCACCUUCAUUAUGAUAUAAUAUCCCUGACUGUUGUAUUUAAAAUUUAUUGCUUAGAAGCAAGAAAAUGUCUAUCAGAAAC